UAUACUGGUAACCUCCAACAUGGCGGCGAGAGGCCAUGUGCAAGACCCUAACGACCGGAGACUUAGACCCAUUUACGACUACCUGGACAAUGGCAACAACAAGAUGGCGAUCCAGCAGGCUGACAAAUUGCUGAAGAAACACAAGGACCUGCACUGUGCCAAGGUGUUGAAAGCCAUCGGUCUGCAGCGAACAGGGAAACAGGAUGAAGCAUUUAGCCUGGCCCAGGAGGUGGCGACCCUGGAACCCACCGACGACAACUCAUUACAGGCUCUCACUAUACUGUACAGGGAGAUGCACCGCCCUGAGUUGGUGACUAAGCUGUAUGAAGCUGCGGUGAAGAAGGUUCCCCUCAGUGAAGAGUAUCACUCUCACCUGUUCAUGGCCUACGCCCGUGUUGGAGAGUACAAGAAGAUGCAGCAGGCAGGGAUGGCUUUGUAUAAGAUCGUUCCUAAGAACCCCUACUACUUCUGGUCUGUCAUGAGUCUGGUCAUGCAGGCCAUCUCUGCGCAGGAUGAGAAGUUGGCCCAGACCAUGUUCUUGCCCCUGGCUGAACGCAUGGUGGAGAAGAUGGUCAAGGAGGAGAAGAUCGAGGCUGAGGCAGAGGUGCAACUGUACUUUAUGAUCCUGGAGCGGCUGGGGAAGUGUGUGGAGGCUCUGGACGUGGUCCGCGGUCCACUGGGAGAGAAGUUGACCAGUGAAUUGCAGAGCAGGGAGAAUAAGUGUAUGAUGAUGUACCAACGACUGCAGCUCUGGCCUGAAUGCAAUGCUCUGUCCUACAAGCUACUGCUCAAAAAUCCUGAUGAUUGGCAGUUCUAUCUCUCCUACUUUGACUCUCUUUUCCAUCUGAUGGACAAGUCCUGGAGCCUACCUAAGGAAGAAGAGUACUGUGUGGAGGGUCCAGUGCAGACCACGGUGGCAGAAGCAGUGAAGUUUGUGGUGGACAGGAUGGAGGAGCAGGACAAGAAGGAGUCUCGUCCUCUCAGAGGGCCCUACCUGGCCUGCCUGGAGCUCAUACACAGACUGAGACAGAGGGGCUGUCCUGAUGAGCACGAGCUAGGUGAUCCGUUGGAGUUGAUGGUUCAGUUCUUUGGGAAGUUUGGAGACAAACCCUGCUGUAUUACAGACCUGAAGAUAUACCUACACCUACUGCCCCCUGAGCAACACACACAGUUUAAAAACCGUCUGGGGGAGUUGGUUCCGUUGGGGGAGGUGGGGGAGGAUGGCUUUGGGUUUCCGGGGGAUACGAAGGCGUUACAGAGACACCUGUGUGUGUGUCAGCUGAGCCGGGCGCUGGGACUGCAACACGCUCUGGACACAGAGGGCAAACUACGCCUCAUCACAGAACUCAAAGCCCACUACCACCACGGACUACAGUUUGGGAAGUCGUGUCUGAAGACAGAGCUCCAGUUCUCUGAUAUGUACUGUCUCAUGGUCGCUCACGUCUACAUCGACCUCUGGACAGAAACUGGCGAUGAGAACAUGCUGUGGCAGUGUCUAGGUGUGUUAGAGGAGGGUUUGUCCUUCAGCCCCUCCAACGCUCAGUUCAAACUACUGCUGCUGCUGCUGUUCUGUCGCCUGGGAGCCUUCCAGCCCGUAGUGGACCUCUACUCCAGCCUGGAUGCCAAGCACGUACAGCAUGACACCAUAGGGUAUCUGUUAACUCGUUAUGCAGGGUCGUUGGGGCAGUUUGCUGCAGCCUCCCAGUCCUGUAACUUCUCCCUCAGGUUUUUCCACUCCAACCAGAAAGAUACCUCAGAGUACAUCAUCCAGGCCUAUAAGUACGGAGCAUUUGAGAAAAUCCCAGAAUUCAUAGCGUUUAGAACCCGGCUCAACCAAUCGCUGCACUUCGCUCAGGUCCGCACCGAGAGGAUGUUACUGGACCUGUACACUGAGGCUGACAUCGCAUCAAGUCUGGAGGAGAGUGUGAAGGCGAUGGGUGUGUGUCCUGAGGAGGAUGACAUUCCCUGGGACAACAUGAGGGACAACAGAGACUUGACUGUCCUCUUCAGCUGGGACCCCAAGGACAGGGAGCUGACUGAGGAGCAUCGUCAUCUGUCUCUAGAGGAGGAGUCGGUCUGGUUGAAGGUUCGAUCUCUCACGCUCCGCCUCCUCGCCUCAUUGGCUCUGCUCGGACACGCCCCCUCGUCACGGAACUCUGAUAAGACCAAUGAGAAUGGUGUAUCAGCCAAAAGCUCCACUCUCCUGACCCUCCUCUCCCAGCUAGACCAGACGCUACAGACCGCAGCCCAGAUCACAGAGAAACAGACACAGUACCCAUUCCUGGGCCCUCCCUCCUCCCGCCUGGCCUCUGCUCUGUCUAGUGGCAGCUGUCACUGUCAGGCCUCUGCUCUGCAACUAGCACUGACUCUUCAGGAACUAGAGACCACUGGACUGGACGACUCGUCAGAACUCCAAACCCAGAUCUGUAACUCCUUCAAAUCAUUAAUAGUACAACUAGAAGAGAUGUUAUCCAGAUGUAAAGGAGAAGUGUUAGAGAUGAAAGACAGCAGAUUGAAGACCCAGCCCUCCCUGCUAGAAACACUGGUCUUCUUCGUCGAGACGGUGUGUGUGGUGCUGUGGGUGACCAGUUACUCUGCCAGCGUCCUGCGACCGCUCAAGUCCAGCCUACAGAAGAAGAAGAAGAAGAGAAAGGACACCAGCACGGCCAUGCCAGUGGUGUUGUGUGGCUUCCAGGAGUGGACAGGCAGCCUGCAGGGCGUUGUGACCCAGGCUCUGGAUCACGUGAAGGGGCAGGAGGCCAGCCUGACGGCCCUCAAACUAGCAGCACUCACCUUGGAGGAGGGACACGCACAGACACAGGAGGAGUGUGGGUUCACCAGAGCAGCCAUGGACAAGGUUCAGAGUAGUUAUCUUGGCUCGCUGCAGGAGCUGGGAGAUCUACUGAGGAAGAGAGCUGAUUCGCUGAAGAGCCUCAAGAUCUGACCCGCCAUCACCAUCACCCUUCAAUCAACAUUGUCAUACCUAACUAUCACUAUUAUACUGGAUCACCCUAUCAUCUAACUCCACCCCCACACAGCGCCGUCUCCCCCUGCUCCUCUCAAAGGAGGUCUGCCUGCCACCAACACACCAUCUCUUUCACUUCAUCCCUCUCCCUUUCCACAUAUCCCUCGCUCUGGGUGUCUCUUUAUAUAACAGGACUCUAUCCCUCCCUCCCUUUCUUCAUCUCUCACCGUGAGAACCAUCACUGCUCUCUCAGCAAAGAACCACAGAUAUUUCCAGUUUAUUAUAUGUGAUGAUGUCACAGAGAAGCUCCUCAAACGUACUAGAGCAACAUACGAAAUAAGCAAUUUUAGAACUACUCUAAUAAAUUAUUGUACAUAGUCCGCAGAUGACAGAACAUCAACUACCACAGCAACAUCAACUCCUUGACUGAAAGUGAAUGAAAUAAGAGUUAAGGCACGUUUUCCCCUUAGUUGUUUUUCCCCGGCAUCUGUUGCUUCCAUGGUGACACUCAGAUGAGAAGAUCUUCUCCUGUUUUCCAUGUUGACCUCCUCACUUCCCCAGCCUGACCUGGCAGCCCAAACAGGUAUACUGUUGUCAGUCACACUCUGCUCAUAAGAACAAAUGGGGCGGGGAUGGUGCUUAGCUUACUAUAUGAAAACGAGGACAGCUGAACGAAGAGGGUUCUUGGCUUAUUGUACACGCAAGGAAAGCUGAACGCUGGGCCAACUCUGAAAACUUUCUGAACUGUUCAUUUCAGAAGUGCGCAACUCCAGUGCUGAUUUCAGGCCUUGACUCUUAGCCAGCAACCUAGGAAUAGAGUUGUGUGCACUCCUCUCCGGGCAACCAGUGAAUUAAUAGGUCAGUAUAGAGCUGAGGGGAAUAUUGAUCCUACAAAGUAGGAUCAAGGAGUUAGCCAGCUAACUUGCCUAAAUAUCCUGAAAUACAUAGACGUUUAGUUUUCUUAAUGAACCAGGAAAUCAAGUUAUUUCUGGUUAUCAAAGUUAGCUGGCUAACUCAUUGAACCUGCUUUGUAGUAUACCCCUCUGGGGAGAACUGAACACAGCCCUGGAGGACCGGAGUUGUGCACCUCUGGUUUAUCAAUUCUCCUCUGGAGGACCUGAGCUGUGCACCUCUGGUUUAUCAGUUCUCCUCUGGGGUGGGAUGCAUCACCCUUAUCCAAUCCCUGAUCCCCAUCAGUCCAUGCCUUUCUGAUUACAGCCCCUCAAUCCCAAACUCCCCCUUUCAACUUGUUCUUUGUGUAAAAAAAAAAAAAAAAGAUUAUCCAGUUUGUCUUUAUUUUUAUUUCAGUUUUUGUUUUCGUCUGUUUAUUUGUUUGAAACACCUUCUGGAAAGCAAAGAAAAGCAAUCACAGGAAAAUAUUGGAAUACCUGAAUCUGAAAAUACAUACAGUAUACUGUAAGUAAUGUAUUUGCAAGAUGCUUCUUUUUGUAGUCUGUCGGUGCAAAGAAAAGUGUGUGUGUGUAGCUUGCCUGGUUUAGGUAACAAUUACGACAGUCAGUGGAUGGUUUGUUUUAACACUGUAGGAGAGAAACCAGACAAACCGAUCAUUCUACAACCUGUUUAUUCAGAGAAGGUGCUAGUGAUAAAUGCUGUAGUAUCAAACGGUAUCUGGGUGGAAACGGUUCUCUGACAAUGGCUAAAACCCAAAGUUAGGAUAUCUAAAUGUGAAGGAGACAACCAACCGAUUUGCAAUGAAAAUGGGAAAUGUUUUGAAAUAAUCCUUCGUUGUCUCUUCAGGGUGUACCUCUCUCGCUCUCCUGUCUUGUCAACGGUUGUGUGAGCUGCACUGAAUCCCCCACAAUUCAUUUCACUAACCAAAACGGUCACAAUUAUGGUGUUCGAGAGCAUCAAAGCGACUGCCGACUGGCUGAUCUACAAAGAACCUUACAUCAUAAAUAAUGACUCAGUAUGAAGAAGAAAAAAAUGUAUGCACUGUAAGUCGCUCUGGAUAAGAGCGUCUGCUAAAUGACAAAUGUAAAAUGUAUUAGUAGAUCCGUCAGUCACAAUUUACCCAUGAUACAUUGCGGUUUUGAUCCUCUCGAACACGGCCUUUGUGUCUUAAAAAAAAACCCAUCCUGUCUGUACCAAAAACGUGGCUCUGUUGCUAUGGCAUUUUCCACCUGAUAGCUACAGCUAGACCUAUACCAUGCAGCGAGAGGAGACUCGUAUCAGACAGACAUCAGGGUCACGUUCAGUAGCAUUGUAGAAUGUUCUGAUAUAAAUGCAUUGAUUAGAACAUGCUAUCUAACUGGAGGGCUCUAUUCAAUCUGUAUCACGGAAGCUCAGCGUGAUUGACAUUUAAAGGCAAUGUUCCCGCGUUAUAGUGCAUUUCCACAUAACACGUUGGGGGCGAUGAAACAACUGAGGCCCAUUAAUUUUCAAUGGAGGGAAGUGGCGAGGGUACCAUUGGGUGAUGCGAGCAUGGGCGAGGGAGCGUGAACAGGGUGGGAUCAAAAUAGGGGAAAACUUAAUUUAUGCAAUUAUUCUGCGAUAUCGCAACGCUAUUGACCAAUCGAAGCUAACUAUAGCUUCCAGCCCCUACUUCAUUGGCAGUUGAUACCUAGCCUGCUUGCUAGCACCCAUAUAAUAAUAAUAAUGCCAUUUAGCAGACGCUUUUAUCCAAAGCGACUUAGUCAUGUGUGCAUACAUUUUUACGUAUGAGUGCUAGAAUGGCUAUCCAAAUUAUCCUGUUAUGAGGAAAUCUAAUUUUAGCGGAGACUGCAUUCACGGUAAACGAUGGUUUAAUAAAAAACGCAUGUCUGCUCAAUCGGAAAUUCUGUAACGCUUCAGCGAUAUUGAAUAGAGCCGUAAACUCGGAGACAUGUUUACAGUCAUGACCACCAGGGGGCACUGAAAGACUAUCCACGGAAGGCAGCAGACUGUGACUAUUAUUAAUAUUGAUCUGUACGCGUUUUUUUUUGGGGUUGUAGGUUUAGUUGAUGCUUUUUUUAACAAGACGUGGACGAGAGGGGAGGAACGUUGACCAGAUUGGUCAGUGUGGGAGGAUCAAUCUAAAGAUGACUUUUGGACUACUCAAACCCCCGGACAGAUGGACCCUAUAGAGGAUGUUAGUGGACUCAUUUUGAAGUGCGAAGAGAACGAAGUGGUCGACAAUCUGGAGUGCCAUCUCACCUGAUACCCAUCCGGUCUCUUUCUUUUGCUAGAAAAUGGAAAACAAAAACACUGGAAUGUCAUUUUUUUAUAUAUAUAUAUAUAAAAUGAACUAAUCAGUU